AUGGCGCCCAGGAGCCUGCCAGAGCUGAUGGGUUUGCGCAUCACCGCUUCGCUUCAUUGGACUCCGCAUGUGAUGGUUGGUUUGAGCGCCCUACUUCUCUUGAUGCCCGCUAUCGCGUUUGUCGCGGUCUUGCGUUGCAUCGCGCGCUGCGCGCCCAAUCCCUAUAGCACUAGCACUCGGUUGCAGCUAUUGUUGUACGCAAUCCUUGCCUUCCUGUUUACUUCAUGCUGUUUGACAUGCUUCCUUGCAGACUAUGUCUACAUCCGUCGCGGCCAUCGUUCCUUUUAUGGAAAAUUCGACAUUCGGCUCGCGACCUUGACUUUCUGCCUUUGCAUUCUGGAUUUCGCCCUCCGGGCGUCGUUCUUAGAAACGUGGAUGCUAGUGUGCAUUUCUGUGUCCGCUUUCUGCUACUCGGGCAUCUCCACCUCCACAAGCCAGUGGGUCUUUCGGCAUUCGCUUUGGCAUCUCGUCGCCGGCUCUGACGGAACCUACGGCGCCAUGCGCUUGCCGCCCGAGGGAGCGCACGUCGGCGCGCGCGUGUGGCUUGACGUGUUCAUCGUUGGCUGCGGCUCUACUUUUGCAACGCUUGUCAUCGUCGCUGUGUUUCGGUUUGCCUUGUCCGAAUCGACCCGUGGGAAGCUCUGGGAUUGGGGCGCCCAGUAUGCUGACUGGCAGCAGGUGGUGCUGCCAGAUGCUGGCGGGUCUGAGCCUUCCACCGCAGCGCAGCGUGGUGGCCCCAGCGACCGACGCGACGACCCCACCAGCAGCAUCAGCAGCGGCAGCAGCUCUUCCACCUCGCCCGACAGCGGCAGCGAUCAAGACAGGCGCGGACGAUGA